AGGCAGAAACUCACGAAGCUGAAACCCUCUCGGCUUGCCGGUCAGGUUCAGUCUUUUGGAAAAACGCUUUUCAUAAGAAAAAGUAAAGGGUUCACAUCGAACUUCACCUCCUCAUGCCAAGGUGAUGUCUCCUUGAGGGAAGAUCGGGGUGAGAUGUCUCUGGCCCCAUCAGUGAUGGAGAUGGGGAGUUUCCUAGCAUCCCCUCUUUCCUGCUGUCUCAUCUCCCUCUUCCAGCUAUCCUUACAGAACUCAGUUACAGCUCAAAUGAAAGUGAUUGGACCUGGUGAACCCAUUGUGGUCCAUUUGGGGGAUGAUGUUGAAUUACCCUGUCACCUGGAACCCAAGAUGAAUGCUCAGAACAUGGAGGUGAGGUGGUUACGAUCCCAGCUUUUCCCGGCUGUGCACGUGUAUCGGGAUGGGCAGGACCAGGCCGGAGAGCAGAUGGGGGAGUAUCGAGGGAGAACGGAGCUGUUGAAAGACGCCAUCAAUGAUGGGAGUUUAACUGUGAAAAUACGCGAUGUCAGAGUCUCCGAUGAUGGAGGGUAUCGCUGCUUAUUCCGUGAUGAUGAAAAGCGUGAUGAAGCCACCCUGCAGCUGCAGGUGACAGCCCCCAACAGGGCAGGGGCUGGAGUGCCUAUCCAGGUCUCUUCCCCUCCAGCUGUGGGCUCCGACCCCCACAUCCGCCUGGAGGGACACGAGGUCAGAGGGAUCCGGCUGGGGUGCAUGUCAACUGGAUGGUACCCGGAACCCCAGGUGAGGUGGACAGAUGCCAGCGGAGAGACGGUCCCGUCCUUGUCUGAGUCCCUACACCGAGCGGCAGAUGGCCUGUUCAGCGUGUCGACAUCUGUGUUCGUCCGAGAUGACACCGUGGGGACCGUGUCCUGUUCUGUCCAGAACCCCCUCCUUCGCCAGGUGAAGGGGGCAGAGCUUUCCAUUGCAGUUCCCUCCCACCAGCAAGUCUCUACCUGGGUGGUGGUGCUGAGUGUGAUUGUGAUCAUCCUGGUAUUGCUCAUCGUUGGUGCCAGUUAUCUCAUCUGGAUGCUUCACAGAGAGAAAGAGCACGAACGGACAGAAAAAGAGAAAGAACGCAUGUUGAAUGAGUCGUUCCUUGCCAAGCUCACUUGGAGAGAGGCCCGAUCAUAUAUGGUGGACAUCACUCUGGAUCCAGACACGGCUCAUCCCCAACUCAUCGUGUCCGAGGAUCGGAAAAGUGUGGCACGGGGAGAUACUCGGCAGGAUCUGCCUGACAACCUUGAGAGAUAUGAUCGUAUUUCCUGUGUGCUGGCUCGUGAAGGCUUCACUUCUGGGAGACAUUACUGGGAGGUGGAAGUGGGAGUGAACACUGGUUGGGGUCUGGGUGUUACUGUGGAAAAUUUGAGUAGAAAGGGGAUAAUUACACCAAGAGCUGUGCAAAAAUUUUGGGUUGUGGGUUUUUGUGGGGAAGAAUACUGGGCCCUCACCUAUCCCAAGACUUCUCUAUUCCUAUCUCAGCCCCUUCAUUGUGUGGGGGUUUAUCUGGACUACGAAGCUGGAUAUGUCUCGUUCUACAGUGGGACUGAUGGAUCCCACAUCUACACUUUCUCCCACAUCGCCUUCUCUGGGACCCUCCGGCCUCUCUUCCAUCUUUGGACCGAAGAUCCAAGUCCCCUGACCAUCUGCUCUGUGCCCAGAGAGGCUGAGGGAAACUGGCCUCCCACUGGCCCCUCUUAGAAGACCCCAGUGACACCACCCAGGGCAGGAGCAGCCUCAGCCUCUGGGGAUUGGGAUCCCCUACCUGGGACCAAUGUCCCACUGCUCCCCGCCAAGUCCAGCCCCGGGGUCCCUCUUGCCCUCUUAAGGAGCUGCCCAGACCCUGCACUCUUCCCCCUGCAGGUCUCCAUCCCCUCCCAGAGCUGCAGCUACCUGUGUCCCCACCUCCUCUGCUGCCCACUCAGGGCAGGCCCAGUCUGGGAGUCUCUGCUACUGCUGCUGUUGCUGCCAGAGAAGGGUCCCCACCAUGGUGGGAGGAGAGAGGAGUGGGGACACUGGAAAGCUCUUGCUGAUCUCCACUGCAGGGGAGGCUAAGGGGACCCGCAGUAUGGCUGAAAACCAGGAGCUCAGGAACGUAGGUCAUCUGCACUUUUGGGAACAGGAAUUGAGGAGCAGGAAGGAUUGUACAGAGCCAAGGGAGGAAAGAAUGGGAAUACUCAUUCAUUCAAUCACAUUUAUUGAGUGCUUACUGUGUGCACAGUACUGUACUAAGUGCUUGGAAGAAUA